CACAGUUGUGUGUGUGUGUGGUGGAAAUCGUCGUCGUUUUGUGCCGUCGAAACCCUAAAAAAUUGAAAAGUAUUUACACGAAAGCUGCCAAUUCAAAUACACAUUCCCACACUCGCCAAGUCCUUAUACAAAUAUUUUGUUGUGAAAUUCGUGGCCUGUUUUUUGAAUAUAGAAAAAACUGGACGCUUUUUGUGUGCGGUGAAAGUACUUGCGCUCCAAUAACUACACAAAGGUUGUGAUGUGGGUUGGUCCGUUGGGAAUCCGUAACAAAGUCCAGUUCGCAUUCGCGAAAAUAUUUUUUUAUAAGUGGCAUAUUACUUUCUAGGGUGUCCUUUUCAUGUGUUGGUUAGCGGGCUUCGCAAUCUGAACGAUAAUCGGCGGGACACAAAAACGUGUCAUUAAACAUCUGAGAUCUUUGAACUUUGCACUAAAAUAAACCGGAUUUUGUAUACUAUAACCAUUCACGUGGGUGCCAGUAGGUCUGCCAAUGCCAUUUUUUUGCGUGUGGCAUCAAUAAUGUGGCAGCCAUAUAAAAUGUGGCCAGGAGCACGCCAAGCCGUAGUCGGCCCUAAAAUGUUGCUCGACACGGACAUGGCCAGUGGAGUGAUCCGCUCGCCAUAUAGUUUUGACAUCCCUCACGCCUUUAUCUUCAACGAAUCGCAGUUUGUGGUGCCCAAGUUCUGUGGUCCCUACAUGGAGAUAGUGAAGCACUUCGCUGAGGUGUACCACUACCAGCUGUUUCUCGAUCCUCUCGAGAGCUUGCCCAAGAAAUCGGUGGUGGAACAGGACAUUAUCAGCGGCAAGUACAACCUAUCGCUCCAUGGGGUUAUCAUUCGGCCAGAGGCGACCAGUGAGUUCUUUAACGUCACGCAGCAUAGUUAUCCCCUGGAGCUGAUGACGAACUGUGUAAUGGUACCCCUGGCUCCGGAGCUGCCCAAGUGGAUGUACAUGGUGUGGCCGCUGGGCAAGUACAUCUGGACAUGCCUCUUCCUCGGCAUCUUCUAUGUCGCGCUCCUGCUGAGGUAUGUGCACUGGCGGGAGCCAGGGAAUGCCACCCGAUCCUACACCAGGAACGUGCUUCACGCCAUGGCCCUCUUGAUGUUCAGUGCCAACAUGAACAUGUCCGUGAAGCUGAAGCACGCCUCGAUUCGCGUCAUAAUCUUCUACACGCUACUCUACAUCUUUGGUUUCAUCCUGACCAAUUACCACCUCAGCCACAUGACGGCCUUCGACAUGAAGCCGGUGUUUCUGCGGCCCAUCGACACCUGGUCGGAUCUGAUACACUCGAGACUGCGCAUCGUUAUCCACGACUCGCUGCUGGAAGAGCUGCGCUGGCUGCCGGACUACCAGGCCCUGCUGGCGAGUCCAUCGCGUUCCUACGCCUAUGUGGUCACCCAGGAUGCCUGGUUGUUCUUCAACCGACAGCAGAAGGUGCUCAUCCAGCCGUACUUCCACCUGUCCAAGGUGUGCUUCGGCGGCCUCUUCAACGCCCUGCCCAUGGCCUCCAAUGCCAGUUUUGCCGGCUCCCUGAACAAGUUCAUUCUGAACGUUUGGCAGGCGGGUUUGUGGAACUACUGGGAAGAGCUAGCCUUUCGGCAUGCCGAGCAGGCUGGCAACGCGAAAGUUUUCCUGGACACAUAUACGGUGGAACCACUAAACCUGGAGUUCUUCAGCACGGCAUGGAUUGUCUUAUCCGCGGGAAUACCCAUUAGUUCGCUGGCUUUCUGUUUGGAGCUCUUUAUCCAUCGACGAAAGCAAAGACGUCCUCAGUAUGAACGAUUUGAGUGCUACGAUUACUAACAAGUGGAAAUAUCAUUGUACUCUAUUAUCAAGGGCUUAGUUAUCAUAAUGCUUAAAUGGGGAUAUUCAAAUAGGAGCUGCGGGAGGUAAUGUAUAAGUUUUCCCAUGGGAACAAUUAAUAAGAAAUAUAUUGUGGCAAACAAAUUAACCUGGCUUACAAAUCGUGUAGCGCUUCAAUUAAUUCAUGGAGCUUCUAGGACGAAGUCAUGCGGUCAUCGUUUCGGAUUUGCCUUUUCUUGUUGACCACAUAUCAUACGAGUUAUGGUUGGAACAUGCAAUACUUGCUCAAUCUGUUAAGUCCAUUCGCUCGAUUGAAUGUGUUCCAGGAGAUCGUAUGGUUCGUAAGUC